AUGAUCGGACAAGCUUGCGUCGAAGAAGCUCUCCUCCAUCAGCUGGAUAUCCCGGUGGCGUACAACACCCGCGCGACCUCGAUUGCUGAGUUCGAUGCAGGCGUGGUGGUCACCACUGAUCAGGGCAGGACGAUUGUAUCCAAAUACGCCAUCGCCGCCGACGGGGCGCGCUCGUUUGUGCGCCGCGCCCUAAACAUCCCAUUCACCGGCACCAAGCCGGAGAUGGUCUGGGCGGUGCUGGACACCUUCAUCGAGACAGACUUUCCCGUCUGUCCGGAGAUCAUUACAUUCCAGAAAGAUGGGCAGUCGCGGGUAUCGUGGAUUCCGAGAGAGCGAGGGAUGAGCCGAUUUUAUAUUCUACUCGAUGGGGAGAUCACGCAGGAGAAAGCCGAGGCUUCGAUCCGGGAGCACAUGGCGCCCCACACGAUCGAGUUCAAGCGCACGGAGUGGUUCAGCACCUUCGAGAUCAAAGAACGCGUUGCCAGCACCUUCAUCUCCAAGGAUGGACACGGUCGCAUCCUGCUCGCCGGCGACGCUGCGCACGUCCACGCCGUCAACGGCGGGCAGGGCUUGAACACGGGCAUUGCGGACGCCUUCAACCUGAUCUGGCGCGUUGCAUUUGCCGUCGAGGGCCUUGGGGGCUCGACGCUGCUAGCAAGCUACGAUGAGGAGCGACGCGCCACUGCCACCGGGGUGAUCGAUGUCGCUGCCAAGCUGGUGCGCAUGACCGUCAAGACGGCCCUGGAGUAUGUCGAUAUUAUUGAGAGGAAUGCUGCCUAUAUUACCGGAAUGGGUGUGUCGUAUCUCCCUUCCACUCCCCUCGUCAAGACAUCCUCCCACGCGGACUUUGUCGCUGGCAGUCGUUGUCCCGAUCUCUGGGUUACGAGUCUUCCGCCGACCAGGCUCUUCGCGACUGCGGUGGAGAAUCCUGAGGUCGCUAAGUGGGAACCGUCCAAGACUCGGCUCUAUGAGAUCUUUCAAUAUGGCAAGUUCAAGGUCUUCUUCCUCGGGAAGGAUGCUCGAACAAAGUGGGAGCAUCAAGCUGUCGAGCUGCAGCAUAAGGCCGAGUUCUGGAAUGUCCAUGCCUCAUCGCAACGAGUCACGAGUCUUGUGUAUGAAUAUCAGGCGGAGUGGGCGGAUGAUGCUCACGAGGAGGUCGUGGUGGUCCGACCGGACUUGUAUGUGGGCUAUGUGGGCAAGGAUUGGGUGCAAUAUUUGGAGGAAGUAUUUGCUUGA